CGGACAAUGGAGCCUAUGUGUGUCUGCGGGAGUGGGACGGCGCCGCCGCCGCCGGGGGGAGACGCUGCGCCGCCGCUGGCCCCGGCCCCGGCCCCCCGGGGCUGAGAGCCGCCCGGGCCGCAGCCCCCGCCCUGCCCGCCGCGCUCCCCUCCCCCACUCCCGCUCGGGGGCCUGAACGUGGGACUAACGGGGUCACUCCUCUUGGACCGACAACUUCUUACCUGUGGGGGAAGCAGAGCGCAUGCUUGGGGAGCUCCGGGUCCCGAUGUAGAAGAGCAAGCGGCUGGGACAUCUUGAAGGUGAGGGUCACCUUUGAGCCAGGGGUUCCUGGGCUCCCCUGACUUCUCACCUCCAGGAUGAGCACUGCAGUAUCCUGACCCUGGGGGUUUGGUGUGCCCUGGAGAUGCGAGAUUUUCCUUUGGCGGCAGGAGGCACACACCCAGAGGAUGCUGGAGCUGCGAGGGGAAAGGACCCACUUCCACAGCGGAGGAAAACAAAGAGGAAAAAGGCACCGAGGUGGCCAGCGCUGAGGGGCGCCCCCUGCACGCAGCGGGCCACCGCCAUUGCCCUGCGCAGCUGUUCCUGCUGCGGCCCGAGAGGAACUCGGGGAGCCCGUCCUGCCUGUGACUGCAAGCUCAGGAUUUCAAUCAAUGCAUUCCAGUAA